GAAUUCGCCGUCGUCACCAUGACAUCGCUUUUACAGACUGUGAGAUUUGUCUUGGAGAAGCGGUUUUAGUCUCUCUUCAUGCUGUAAUCUCUUUGGACAGACUGUGAAAGGGGUCCUGACAUGUCCUUUGAAUGCAUGUGCCGCGCUAUAUGUGAAACUGCACAAGAAUGAGAUAUUGUCGAGGAGUUUGACGACUAGCGAGCACAUGAGGCACAUUUUAUCAACACUUUAUUUUUUUUUGCAAGUCGGAUCAAAAAAAAUCUUUAUCGAAACAAAAUGUUUUCAGCGGAUCAAAGUUGUUGGUUCGUUCGUAAGGUAUGAAUUUCAGCUCCCUAUGGGAGGAAUGUGAUUGUACAGAAGAAACAUAGUUACAGGUGAUUUGUUGGAGAGCAGUAGCCAGUAUGGCGUGGUCUGUCCUGCUGCUGCUUCCCACCACAGCCCUGUUUGUCGUUCUCAGCAGAUUCAGCCUGUUUCACCCGAUACUCUGGAUCUCCGAAUGCCUGUCCCUAUUAACCAGUACCAGUGCAAUCUUCUCCUUCAUUCUGCUCUGUGGAGUGGUGCUGCUGGUGGGCUUCUUCAACCUGGAGUAUUGUACAGUCGUCCCAUCCAUCGCCUGUUCCAAGAUCGCCCUACUGGGUCAGGUGCUCCACCCCCGUCAGUUCGUCCACUCACUGGUGCACUGCAUCAUGGGUGUUGUAGUAGCUUGGUGUUGUGCCUUCACCAUCGGAGGGCGCUACCGGUCCUUGGGGCACCCCUGUACACAGGAUGAGAGUAGUAGUGGUCCUGAGAUGUGCCUGAAUGAAUACCACCUGGUGCUGCUGCUGGUGGGGGCCUUCAUUGGCUAUAGCCACAGCCUGGUGGGAGUGGUCUACAACAUGAACUACGUUUCCUUCCACACCAUGCAGCAAUACAAGUACCUCCGCUUCAAGGGAGCUCUGCCCCUAGUGGUGAAGGCCAGUGCUGUUCAGGCUCUUUACUGUCUCAGGAACUUCCUUCUCCUGUAUUUCUUCAUGGGAUAUGCACCACGAGCCUGGAUCUGUAGAACACUAGACCUCAACAUCAACAGUUCAAUCCAUUCCCUGGACAGUGUGUCUAGUCUAUUGGACUUGUCCCUCCUGUACCACCUGUGGAUAAGUGGGACCUUCCUCCUCCUCACCUGGUACAUCACAGUACUCCUCUUCAGGAUCUUUGUUACCGAGGUUUACAGUUUUCCCGUCCAGUCCACGUUCACAGAGGAGUCUCACCAGUGUCUGCCCAAAGUUAUCACUGGCAUGCAACCAAUGAUACUGAAGUUUCUAGCCCUCCAGGACCUGGCUCUACUGUCUCAACACUCUCCUUCUAGACGUCUGGAGGUGUUCAGUCUCAGCCAACCAGGCGGUCACCCUCACAUCUGGACGGCCCUGAGUAAGGAGUGUCUCUCUCUGUUGUCUGACCUGACUGAGCGGCUGGUAGCCCACCAUGACACUGUAGCUACUAACGGACGGGCCAAGUCCCAGUCUACAGGAAGCAACAAGCGGUCCACCACCUCCUCGGAAAGCUCCGUAGGUAUGGACGAUAUGAAGACUCCUCGGCCCAGCGCCCUGAUCAGAACCCCUGGCUCAGUGUUCUUGCGUUCCUCUGGGCUGCGAACUCCCCUGACCACCCCUUUUACCCCGGACCAAGACAGCCCUUUCUCCUCCCCCGCCCUGCGGCGCCUCACUGGCCCUCUGGAGCCUCAGGGGCCCCUGUCCCCCGGCUUCAGCUCCAUCCAGAGCCCUCACGUCAUGAGGAGGGGCCCCAAACUCUGGUCUGCUUCUACAGACUCCCAGCUGAACGGCAGUCCAUCUCCUGGUCCCGCCACCAGCCUGUCCCAGGCCCAACUCAAACCCUCCUUCCUUGUUACCUUCCUACAGAACAGGAAGGACCAGGUUAAACAAUUCUUGGCAAAGCGGGUGCUGAUAAUGUAUCUGUUUAACAAGCUGCCAGAAGCCUCCAGUCAGGCCCUGUUCGCUGACAGCCAGGUUCACAUAUGGGCUCUGCAAGGUCUGUCUCACCUGGUGGCAGCGUCGUUCUCUGAGGACCAGUAUGGAAUAGUUCAGACCACCCUGCCUACCAUCCUCAGUACCAUGCUGGUGUUACAGGAGGCUGUGGAUCGUCACUUCAAGCUACCCCAUACCUCCUCUAAACCAGGUCACUGUUCCUGCGGUAUGGGAGAUGACAGUUACAAGACGCUCCGCUUCGCUCUGCGAUCCACCCUCAAGACCGCCGUCUACAGGAUCACAGCCACCUUCGGAGGACACCUCCACGCUGUCCAGAUGUCAGCAGAACAUCGGAAGAGACUGCAGCACUUCCUGGAGUAUAAAGAGUGAAGGCGUGAGCGAGAUGGCCCAGGAGUGCGUCUGUCACUUAGCUGAUGACAAUGGUAGUGUGACUGAGUUGAUAUUAGCUCUGUGUGUGUGUGUGUGUGUGUGUGUGUGUGUGUGUGUGUGUGUGUGUGUGUGUGUGUGUGUGUGUGUGUGUGUGUGUGUGUGUGUGCUGGUGUGUGUGUGUGGCU